UCUUUGUGGCCAGAUGGGUUUGUAUGGACAAGCUUGUCCAUCUGUAACUUCAUUAAGGAUGACAUCUGAACUGGAGAGCAGCCUAACAUCCAUGGACUGGCUACCACAGCUUACCAUGAGAGCAGCCAUCCAAAAAUCUGAUGCUACACAGAAUGCACAUGGAACUGGGAUUUCCAAGAAGAAUGCGCUCCUUGACCCAAAUACAACGCUGGACCAGGAGGAAGUCCAACAGCACAAAGAUGGGAAACCUCCAUACAGUUAUGCCAGCCUCAUUACAUUUGCAAUUAAUAGCUCACCCAAAAAGAAAAUGACUCUAAGUGAGAUUUACCAGUGGAUUUGUGAUAACUUCCCAUAUUAUAGAGAGGCUGGCAGUGGUUGGAAGAAUUCAAUACGACACAAUCUGUCACUGAAUAAAUGUUUCCUUAAAGUGCCUCGAUCUAAGGAUGACCCUGGGAAGGGGUCUUACUGGGCAAUAGACAACAAUCCGAAGGAGGAUGCACUGCCUACUCGGCCAAAGAAGAGGGCGCGGUCUGUAGAACGGGCCUCAACUCCAUAUAGCAUAGAUUCAGAUUCUUUGGGAAUGGAGUGUAUUAUUUCGGGAAGUGCCUCUCCAACUCUGGCAAUCAACACUGUGACUAACAAAGUAACGUUGUACAACACCGAUCAGGAUGGUAGUGAUAGCCCACGCAGUAGCCUUAACAACAGUCUCUCAGACCAGAGUUUGGCAUCUGUUAAUUUGAACAGUGUUGGAAGUGUGCAUAGUUAUACACCGGUGACCAGCCACCCAGAACCAGUCUCUCAGUCAUUAACUCCUCAGCAGCAGCCGCAGUAUAACGUGCCGGAACGAGACAAACAGCUACUUUUCUCAGAAUAUAAUUUUGAAGAUCUCAGUGCCUCAUUCCGGAGUCUUUAUAAAUCAGUCUUUGAGCAGUCUCUCAGUCAACAAGGUUUGAUGAACAUCCCUUCUGAACCUUCCCAGCAGUCCCACACUUCCUGUUCCUAUCAGCAUUCUCCUAGCAGCACAGUGAGCUCUCACCCACACAGCAACCAAAGUAGUCUAUCCAACAGUCAUGGCAGUGGCCUCAGUACCACAGGCAGUAAUUCAGUUGCACAAGUCUCGCUGUCCCACCCUCAGAUGCACACACAGCCGUCCCCACAUCCGUCCCAUCGACCCCAUGGUUUAGCACAGCAUCUGCAGCGUCCCCAGCACCCAGCACCACACCCACAGCAACACAGUCAGCUCCAGUCCCCUCACCCCCCGCACCCAUCUCCUCACCAACACAUGCAACACCAUCCGAACCAUCAGCACCAGACGUUAACACAUCAGGCCCCCCAGGCCCCCCAACAAGUAUCCUGUAAUUCUGGAGUUUCAAAUGAUUGGUAUGCAACACUUGACAUACUAAAAGAGAGCUGUCGGAUUGCCAGCAGUGUUAAUUGGUCAGAUGUAGACCUUUCACAGUUCCAAGGUUUGAUGGAGAGUAUGAGACAAGCAGAUCUCAAGAACUGGUCUUUAGAUCAGGUCCAAUUUGCAGAUCUCUGUUCUUCUCUUAACCAGUUCUUUACGCAAACUGGCCUUAUCCACUCACAGAGCAAUGUUCAGCAACAUGUGUGCCAUGGUGCCGUGCAUCCAACAAAACCCUCCCAGCACGUGGGGACAGGGAAUUUGUACAUAGACUCUAGGCAAAAUCUUCCUCCUUCAGUGAUGCCGCCCCCUGGUUAUCCUCACCUCCCACAGACACUCAGCACUCCAGGAACAACGAUCGCAGGCCACCACGGAGCCAUGAGCCAGCAGCACAUGAUGCCUUCCCAAGCCUUCCAGAUGCGGCGCUCCCUGCCUCCAGAUGACAUCCAGGAUGACUUUGAUUGGGAUUCAAUUGUGUAGGCUUGUGUCUGCGAGCCACCAACCCCCAACGCCACCUUUCUCAGCAGCGGAGGGAAAGGUGUAAAAGAAUCCAAUUGAGAAAACAAAGUUGUUAAUCACUUUGCCAAUGUUAUCAAAAGUUCUUUUGAAGACAAUCACAAAGAUUUGAGCUGGAGAACAUACUGCUUCUGUCUGGGCCCGACAAGUACGACAUGUCUGUCUCCCUGCCAGCUGCCCUGUGCAGCUCCUCACUGUGGUGUGACUUGGACGCUUUUGCAUUUUUGUGUCAGUUUGAUGUUGACCACAAGUGCCAGACUGAUUUUUCUGACAGAGCCUAUUUUGCUGCAAGCAAUUUAUAGAUCCAUAUGUGUAAAUACAUGUACAAAAAUUACUGAAAGGUUUCUUUUUUUAAUUGGAUUGUUGUGUCUUGAAAAGAAAAAGUUACUGUGAGUUUUUAUUUCUUAUUAGGCAAUUUUCUGCAGGAUACUUUUCAUUGAUGUAAGCAACCGAAAGGAAACUGGUUUUUCCAAAGUUCAUUUCCUCUUGUUGAAUCCUUUUCAGAAAUUUGGGUAGUGAAUUUGACCCAGUAAGUCAAGGAAUCUCAAGCUUGAUACUGUCUAAAAAAUCUGAAUGGGCAUAUUGUUCCUGAGCAGCGCGAAGGAAGUGACCAUUGCGUUUCGUACUUGGGGCCGCUGGCGUUUAUGUGUGCCUUGUCUCGGUGUCUGUGUUGCUCAGUCAGCAUUGUGGUAGUCUCAAACGUAUUUGAUCAACUAGAAGCUGGGCUUUGUUUGACUCUCUAAAUAAAUCAUUGCCUCCAUACUCACUUAUGUAUUUAUUCUUUUAAAGUGUUAUUUUAAUAUUUAUUACUACCUUCCACGAAUGCUCAGCUCCCGAUGGCUUCCUUAAGAAGAAUUGCAGUCUCUGAAAGCACAGAACCCUUCUUCUUGGUGCGAGUUUACAGACAAGACAAUCAGAGAGUGGUGUGAUUUUCUUUCUCACUUCUCCUCUUGCUCUCGGUUCUCCUGCCUGAGGCUGACUCGUUGAGGAGGGUUUACUGGGGCAACAGACCAGCAGGGCAGUGUGAGCGAGCGCUUCCCAUGUGCUCUCCUUCCACAGGAGCAGCACUGAGAUGAGGGGAGAGCGCCACGUGGCCACGGUGGGCCAUCCAGGGGCCACUGUGUGUGUGUGCGCCACACGGUCACGGUCUCUGAAAUGCCGCCUGCCCUGAGGGUUCGUUGAUUGUAUUUAACUUAUUUCCUGUCACCUCCUUUGCAUAGAUUUAGUUAGUUUUACAAAAAAACUACAAGUGAAACAUUUAAAUGAGUAGACCAAAAACAAAAGGCAACAUAGUAAUUCUAAUGGGAAACUGAUAUUUCAUCAAAUCAAGGAGUAGUAACUGCCUGUGGCUGCUUUUUAGCAUCUCUGGUCUCAGCCAUGCUCAGAUUACUUUCUUAGCCUUAGUAAUUCUGUGGUUAAGUAACUCUGUUUGAACUAAACAAGCGUCUUUGUUUCUGUGUGUGUGUGUAUGUGAAAGUUGUGUGUGUGCUUAUUUUGUAAUGGAGUGCUCCCCCCGAGUGAGUCACUGGGAGACCCCCCCCACAGCGUCAGGGCUGGUGAAGUGUGGAGGAGGGAGGAGGAAAGGCUUUCGGGUCCUCCAUUGUUUGGACCCUGCUUGGCUUGAACCCUUAGAUCAGCUCAAUUGGAGGAUUCUGGAAAGGCCUCUCUCAGAAGGACCAGAGGCAAGAUGAGAUAGUGGCCUGCAGAGUGACAGCGUGGGGAGAAAGGAGGGCUUCUCAGUAGUCUGCUCAAGUCCCUGCUUUCUGGACCCAAAGGGGCGGUUCUGAAACGGUUUGAAUUGCUUUGGCAGCAGUAUGCACUUUCAACCCUGUGGGUAUGGGAAUGUGGCCCCUGAGUCUGAGGGAUGUGGAUGGAAACCACUGAUGAGGAGUUUACAAAUUGUGUGAAACCCAUUUCCCAGUUGUCAGUCAUACACUGACUUGCAGUGAUCAAUAUGUUUCAGCGAAUUUAAACAUCACAAGUCUGGCCCUAGAGGCAGGACCUCUACUCAGACCCUUCCCACUCUCCUGUAAUCUGACUGGUGAGGCCCGGCAGGUCCCUUGAGGGGCCAUUUCAGUAGGUGGUGAGCUCUGUCCUGAGCUUACAUUGAGACUUUAGGGACAAAGAAUAAUUAAUGCAUGCAAUCAAAUGGGGCACUCUGUCUGGGAGAAUAAUCCGACUGGCAUUUGUGGCAGUUUUUGAAAAUGUAAAUGUGUUCAUGUGUGUUCUUGCUUGUAAAUACAUGUCUCUCAGAUGUCCUUUGAAGUGGGAGGGACUCAAUUGGGGAUUAUUUCAAAUGGAAUAGAGUAUUUUGAUAUUGUUCAUUCAGAGGGUGAUGUGUACAUAUCUCUCUUGUAUAUAUGUGAUGGAAAUGCAUUGGCUUUUUGUGCAGACACAGCCUGCUCUCCGUACUGCUGUUGGACAGUCAGUGUUUUAAUGUUUCUACAGUUUUGCUAUUGCACGCGUUCAUAUUUCGCCUCUAUGAUGAACAGCACCCUCUCUUUGUAAUUGUUUAGUGCUGUAAAGAGAUACUCCCAAGUGUCAUUAGGGUGGUUGCUGCCAGAAUUGAUAUGCAUGAAUGGCACUUAAAAUAAAUCUAUUAUGUUCACUCUA